UGAGUUUAGUUUGUAAUAUAAAUAAACCUUUAAACAGCUUACCUUAAUAAAUGUGAUAACAUAUUUACUAAAGUCCUCGCGAUAGCAAAACAUGAGUCAUUUUGAAUUUGCUAUUCCCUUACAAAAGGACGAGUUAUUAGAAUCCCAUGCAGGACAAUAUCACGUCGAGGAUGUAGUACAACCGCGACUCAUGUUGUCGAAAUUACAAGAUGGAGCCCGUGCUUAUAAUUCUGUAGGAGUUGAUUAUAUACUUGAACAUUUUGAUACAUAUUUUUCAAUAAUUGUACAUGGAGUCAAACUGGAGUGGAAUGUUAUCAAUAAAGGCUUUGACCACAUAAUAAGGGCUGCUAAGAAUUUAUGCAGUCAUUUAGAAUUAAUACUCCAGGAACAAGAAUUGGAUGUUGAUGUGAGGGUUAAAAAUCUAAAUAUUACUAAAAUGAUAAUGUACCUCUUCACUCAAAUAAUGAAAACAAAAGACACCAAAUUGGCUGCUGAUAAUUCCACUAAGCUAACAUUGGGCAAGAAAGGUAAGAAGGCAACAGAAGAAGAAGAAUUAUGUGGUUGGACAGAAUCCGACAAGCAAGCGGCAAUGCUCACUCUGUACUUGGUUACACAACAACCAUUAUCAAGAUUGUGGGACCCUCCAUUGGCUGAAGAUAAUUUUGUUUCAAUGAUAGCAGAUCCUUGCUACAAAGCACUAGAAGAACAAAUGAUCAAAAACAAAGCUAUAAGAGACACUGUGUUCCAAGUUCUAGGAGUCCUUAUAAAGAAAUAUAACCAUGGGACAUCAUGUCUCAUUAAACUUGUCCAGAUACUUCAAAUGGUUGAGCAUGCUGUGUCACCAAUAUGUGCUGGAGUAGUACAGUUGACUAAAGAAUUUGGACUUGGUACUUUUGGGCCACAAAUGGUUCGUGAAAUAGCAGAAGCUCUAGCGUCAACUGAGGAAGAAACAACAGGCACAGAGCAGAGUGCAGCUAGGAACUGUGGGGCUUUCUUAUUGGAACUCACCAAAGAAUUACCUAAAGAGAUGGCCAAUGCAAUUGCGACAUUACAACCAUAUUUGGAGAGCGAUGAGUCUUACACGCUCCGUAUCAGCGUGCUCGGGAUGAUGUGCGAGGUGCUGAGCGUGGAGUUGCGCGGCGAGGGCUUGUCGGACGCGCAGCGCAUACAGCGCGACGACUUCCUCGACGAUUUGUAUGAGCACAUACACGAUCUAUCCGCAUAUGUACGCCAUAAGGUGCUCCAAUUCUGGUGUCGUUUGCAACGGGAGAACUGUGUCCCGGUAAACCGACAACGUACCGUACUCGAACGCGCCAUUGGACGACUCAAGGACAAGGCGGCCUUAGUGCGUAAAGCUGCCAUACAAUUAUUGAAGAUAUUCUUGGAAUGCAACCCGUUUUCUGCUCAGCUAAAAUUGGAUAUUUUGGAAGAGCAACUUCAAACAGAACAGAAAAUCCUCGAUGAUCUCCAAAAGAAACUGAACCCGGGCCCCGACCCGGAACUUGUCAAGAAAUGGACGGAAAUCGAAGACGACGUGACGAAGGCUAUUAAAAAAAACAUAGACGUACUAACACAAGACGAACCGGACCUCUCACAAGCAUCCUUAGAUAAUUUAUAUGAAGCAAUUCGUAAACACUUGCGCGAGAAGAAUUAUUUUAAAGCGUAUCUUAUUGUAAAGCAUACGGAGAGACAAUAUCCGGACGCGAAACUGCUUAGGUGCGAUAUGGAGAAAAGCGACCAGAUUAAUUACUUCGUAGCUCUGCUCGGCAAUAUAUUCGUUAUACCCGAUGUAAGGACGUCCGGCACGCUCACACAACAAUGUGACAACGAAUUAGCGUUGCACAAACGAUUAGAAGAGAAAGAGAGUAUAGUCGCGUUUCUACAAGAGUCCGUACACUUCAGUCGGAUGGUUUCAGAAGCUGUGCCCAUGAUAAACUCUUUGUUGAUGUCAAAACAAGCGGGUGAUGUGAAUGAAGCGAUCGACUUCUUCACUACAGCUCAUCAUUUCAAUAUAGAAUCUGCCAAAAUGGGCGUGGCCAACAUGCUGAUGCUUGUGUGGUCACCCGAUCAGGACAAACGUGAAGCCGUCGAACGAGCUUAUAGAGAAAUGUAUUUAGAAUGUGAAAAUAAAGCAGAACGCGCCCGGGCGUUCAUCAUAGCUAAGAACUUGACAUCUCUGAUGCUGCACAUCGACUGCGGGAGUGCACUGGCCCUGGAACACCUCGUCGAUAAGUGGGUUGAGAAGGGGGACAUCAAUCCGGCGGUCAUACAGGUACUGUGGGAGAUGUUCCUAAAAAAAAUUGACGGAACAACCGACACGGACAGCUACGCCGCAAUAUCUCUACUCGUAAUGAUCGCCAAAGCAAAACCUUCCGUAACCUUAGCCAACUUAGAAGUCAUACAAGCUCACGGACUGACCGGCGAUUAUAACACAAGGAAACUGAGCGCCCAAUUACUUCUGCCGUUGGUCAAGAAAAGUCAAAGAUACCCCGCAGACCAUUCAAUAUUCACAAGCUUAUUCGAUAGUUUGAUGGAAGCUUUCAGCAAAUUAAAUGACUUCGCAUCGUUCGCUUCAAACGUCAUAGAUGCUGUAUACGCUAUAUGUGACACGCCCGAAAUUAUUUGCUCUAAAAUAUUAGCAGAAAUGUACAGGCGCAUUGAAGAAAUGAUGGUUAAGAAUUGCGACAAUGAGGAGGAGGCAGCGUACCCCACGGAGUUGUUGACGCGUUUCGUGUUUACAUUGGGCCAUGUAGCACUCCAGCAACUCAUUUACUUGGACAUCAGUGUAUACAGUGAACUCAGGAGAAGAAAUCAGGUUCGAGAAGAACGCAAGGCUGAAGAGAAACGGAAGAAAAAAGCGGGAACGUUCGCGACUCCGGCUCGACGCGGCCGGGUCGAUGACCUCCGUCGACAAACACUCAUGAACGUCAGUAACGCCUCGGCCUCCUCGCGGGCGCAGCGGUCCGCCAGCGUCGCAUCCAACAAGGGAACCUCGACGAACACGACCAUGACGGAGGAGGAGGCGGGGCUAGAAGGCGCGGCGGCGGACGAUGCGGACGCGGAGUACGUGCGCGGCGUGUGCGAGCGUGACGUCACGGCGGGCGACGCGGCGCUGGCGCGGUACCGGCCGCUGCUGGCCGCGCUGCUCGGCGCCGCCGCACCGCCCGCGCUGCACGCCGCCGCCGCGCUCGCACUCACUAGGUUCAUGUUAGUCUCGAGUUCAGUGUGCGAAGAUGGACUGCAACUAAUGAUAACGUUACUCAAAAGAUCGAAAAACGUAUCUUUGAGAACCAAUUUGACAAUUGCUUUCGCCGACCUCACUUUGAGAUUUCCGAAUCUUACGCAGCCGUGGACGCAUCACAUUUAUCACAUUCUAAGCGAUGAGGAGCUCGAAGUCCGUCAGUGUGCAGUGAAGAUGCUGUCGUUUCUGGUUCUGCACGAGAUGGUCCGCGUGAAGGGACAGAUAGCAGACAUGGCGCUUUGCUGCGCGGACGCGGACGCUAAAGUGGCGAGUAUGACGCGCCUCUUCUUCAAACAGCUUUCACAAAAGGGAAACGCCCUAUACAACGUCAUGCCCGAUAUUAUAUCAAGACUGAGCGAUCCGGAUUUGAAUGUACCCGAAGAGCAAUAUAGAAUUAUUAUGAAAUAUAUAACUUCACUAAUCCAAAAAGACAGACAAAUGGAGGCACUAGUAGAGAAAUUAUGCCAAAGAUUCAAAUUGUCUACAGAAGAAAGACAGUGGCGAGACUUAGCUUAUUGUCUCUCUCUAUUUACAUACAACGAAAGGUCGCUAAGGAAACUCAUUGAAAAUCUCGACUGUUACAAAGACAAAUUAUAUUGUCAAGGAGUGAUGGAGUCGUUCAACACUAUCAUGAAUAACGCUUCCAAAAUGGCGAAGAACGACAUUAAGGCUUUGGUAACCGAACUGGGAGACAAAAUAGAAGAAGGCUUUGCGGUUCGGGCUGAGGAAGGUAAUUGUGAAGGAACCACUGAAGGCAGUGGCGACACUGACAAGAAGGCGACGGGUCCGCGCGCCACUCCCAGACGGCGGGCUGCGCCCCGGCGGAACCGCAGGAGGUCUUCAUCCAGUGCAGAUGAGAAUGAACCUCCCAGCAACGUCGAAACCCCAGUCUCGACUAGAAAAUCCAAUCGGAAAGCAGCAAAUAAACAAAAGAUUGUAAAUGAUUCAGAAGAUUCAGAUGACGAUGACUUUCAGGAUAAAGAGGAAGUGUUUAAAAAACCAGUGAGAAAAGCAACGCGACGAAGAAAGUUAUAAGUUAAUUUUUUAUUACUUUAUUUUG